CUACAAAGAACACAAGAAAUUUUGACAGCCAUUUUUUUCCUCCCCCCUCUUCUUCUGAGGACAGUUUCUGGACUGGUACAUGCAGGUCCAUCAACUUUUGUGAAGGCCAGCAUGUAGACAUUUGUUGCAAAGUGGUUCUUUACGCUCGGUGCUCAUCUGUCUCUGGCAGACAGGUAGUUUCUGUGGGAAAAUAGCACAACUCAGGCUGUUGAACUACACAGAGUGAGAGUUUCCUCAAACAUGGAAUUUCUGAGGAGCUUAGUUCCAGCUGUUAUCUCAGGGGAAGGAUCCAUUGAACAUGUGGGAGAGAUGCCGAAGGAGAUGGGACCAAGGCUCCUUCACAUGAAACGUCUGGGUUUGUUAGCCAUGGGGCAGACUAUUGAGGAAGACUUGGUAGACCUGGUGACUGACUCAACCAGGCCUGUCUGCAUUAACAGAACCCGACUCAAAGGAAAGUUUCGCCAUAUCAGAAAAAUCUCCAUUUUACAUCUUACAGGUGGUGGUAGGGGUCAUCAUGCUUCUCCACCAGUAAGUAGCAGUGUGAGUAGACGCCGUGCUCCCUCUUCAGUGGCUCCUCUGUCGUGGGAGAGACGCAGCGUUGCCAUCAUGUCCAACAUCACAAUCGACCCCGAGCUCAAGCCUGGGGAGUUUGUCAUCAAGAGCCUGUUUGCAGAGUUUGCUGUUUUAGCUGAGAAGAAGAUCGAGAUGGUGAUGGCUGAACCACUGGAGAAACCUCUCUCCCGGUCUCUCCAAAGAGGUGAAGAUGCACAAUUUGACCAGUUAAUAAGCUCUAUGAGCUCAAUAGCCGAACACUGUUUGCCCUCCCUGCUGCGCACGCUGUUCGACUGGUACCGACGGCAGAGUGGUACUGAGGAUGAGUCGUAUGAGUACAGACCUCGUUCCAGUACCAAGUCCAAAGGAGAUGAACAGCACCGGGAUAAAGACUAUCUUUUGGAAAGGAGAGACUUAGCCAUAGAUUUCAUUUUCUGUUUAGUUUCAGUGGAGGUUCUAAAACAGAUUCCUCUUCAUCCAGUGCCAGAUGUUUUAGUCCAUGAAGUUCUAAACCUGGCAUUUAAGCACUUUAAACACAAAGAGGGGUACUGUGGCCCUAACACUGGCAAUGUGCACAUCAUCGCAGAUCUAUAUGCUGAGGUUAUUGGUGUCCUUACACAGUCAAAAUUUCAGGCAGUGAGGAAGAAGUUCAACACUGAACUAAAGGAACUCAGGCAGAAAGAGCAGAGUCCUUAUGUAGUGCAAAGUAUCAUCAGCCUCAUCAUGGGUAUGAAAUUCUUCCGGGUUAAAAUGUAUCCUGUGGAGGAUUUUGAGGCUUCUUUUCAGUUCAUGCAGGAGUGUGCACAGUAUUUCCUGGAAGUCAAGGAUAAGGACAUAAAGCAUGCCCUGGCAGGCCUGUUUGUGGAGAUUCUUAUCCCUGUUGCUGCUGCGGUUAAGAAUGAAGUCAAUGUGCCAUGCGUGAAGAAUUUUGUGGAGAUGCUGUACCAAACAACCUUUGACCUUAGUUCCAGAAAGAAGCACUCGCUGGCUCUGUAUCCGCUGGUGACGUGUUUGCUCUGUGUUAGUCAGAAGCCAUUCUUCCUCAACAACUGGCAUAUCUUCCUCCAGAACUGCCUCUCACAUCUCAAGAUGCCGUCUAACAACAGCAUCCGAAAGCAGAUUGAGACACUACAGAACAAAGACCCAAAAAUGUCCCGUGUAGCACUGGAGUCACUCUACAGACUUCUAUGGGUCUACAUUAUCAGGAUCAAAUGUGAGAGUAAUGCUGUCACACAAAGCCGACUACUCAGCAUCAUUUCAGCACUUUUCCCAAAAGGCUCCCGAAGUGUGGUCCCCAGGGACACACCCCUCAACAUCUUUGUCAAGAUCAUUCAGUUCAUAGCUCAGGAAAGAGUGGAGUUUGCUAUGAAGGAGAUUAUCUAUGACCUCCUCUGUGUGGGCAAGUCUCACAAAACAUUUACCAUCAACCCAGAGAGGAUGAAUAUUGGUCUGCGAGCAUUUCUGGUGAUUGCUGACAGCCUACAGCAGAAAGAUGGCGAGCCUCCUAUGCCUACGACAGGGAUCAUCAUGCCCUCUGGAAACACCCUACGUGUCAAAAAGAUCUUCCUCAACAGCACCCUCACUGAUGAAGAGGCCAAGGUCAUAGGCAUGUCUAUGUAUUACCCACAAGUCAGAAAAGCCUUAGAUAACAUCCUCCGACAUCUGGACAAGGAAGUGGGCCGCUCCAUGAGUAUGACCAAUGUACAGAUGUCCAACAAGGAGCCUGAAGACAUGAUCACGGGCGAGAGGAAGCCAAAGAUUGAUCUGUUCCGUACAUGUGUCGCAGCCAUCCCAAGAUUGAUACCAGAUGGCAUGAGCAGACAAGACUUAAUAGAGCUGCUAGCCAAACUGACAAUUCACAUGGAUGAAGAACUGCGUGGGCUGGCCUUUACUACCCUUCAGGCCCUGAUGGUAGAUUUCCCAGAAUGGCGUGAGGAUGUAAUCUCGGGCUUUGCCUACUUUAUUGUGAGAGAGGUAACGGAUAUUCAUCCAACGCUGUUGGACAAUGCUGUCAAGAUGCUACUGCAGCUCAUCAGCCAGUGGAGGCAGGCAGUGCAGAGCAGCAAGGGCCCAGGUGGUGGUCACUCUGUGUCCCUGGAACGGAAUCCUCCAUUGGGUGUGUUACAUGUAGUGGAGGGCUUAGCGCUUGUGGUGCUAUGUAGCUGCCGUCCUGCUACUCGAAGGCUGGCAGUCAAUGUCCUCAAGGAGGUCCGUGCACUCCACAGUGCAUUAGGAAUCGCUAAGGGGGAUGAGGAAUUGGCCAUUGAUGUGAUGGAUAAAUUGAGUGCAUCAGUAUUGGAGAGCUUUAUUCAUUUAACGGGAGCUGACCAGACCAACUUGCUUUACUGUCCCAGUGGAAUUGAUCUUCAGACAAUGGCAGAGUGGAGCUCGUCUCCCAUCAGCCACCAGUUUGAUGUAGUUAGUCCCUCACAUAUCUGGGUGUUCGCACACGUUACUCAGGGCCAGGACCCCUGGGUCAUCAGCUUCUCCAGCUACCUGCGUCAAGAGCACCUCCCCAAGCGUUGUCCCACGGCCCUCAGCUAUGCCUGGAUGUUUGCCUAUACCCGCCUACAGUUGUUGUCUCCACAAGUUGACAUCAAUAGCCCCAUCAAUGCAAAGAAAGUGAACACUCUGAGCAGCAGUGAUUCCUACAUUGGGCUGUGGAGGAACUACCUGAUUCUCUGCUGCAGCUCUGCCUCCCUCUCUCCAUCCAUGUGUUCCUCAUCCUCAACCUCUGGCUCUGUCCGCUGCUCCCCACCUGAGACGCUGGCGUCUACACCGGACAGUGGCUACAGUUAUGAUUCAAAGAUUGUUGGCAGUCCAUCUCUCUCCUCCCUUUUUAAACACAUUGUUCCAAUGAUGCGCUCUGAGAGCAUGGACAUCACAGAGUCUCUUGUGUUGGGGCUUGGCAGGACCAACCCUGUGGCCUUCAGAGAGUUAAUAGAGGAAUUGAAUCCUAUCAUCAAAGAAGCUUUAGAAAGAAGACCUGAAAACAUGAAACGACGCAGGCGUCGUGAUGUUCUCAGGGUCCAGCUGGUCCGGAUAUUUGAGCUGCUGGCCGAUGCUGGUGUCAUCAGUCAAAUAGCCAGUGGAGGCUUGGAUGGAGAGAGCCACUCUUUAAACAGCACACUGUUAGAGUAUGUUGAUCUCACCAGACAGUUGCUUGAGGCUGAAAAUGACAAAGACUCUGACACACUGAAGGACAUUCGCUGCCACUUCAGUGCACUUGUGGCCAAUAUCAUUCAAAAUAUCCCAGUACACCAAAGGAGGACCAUCUUCCCCCAGCAGUCACUGAGACACAGCUUGUUCAUGCUCUUCAGUCACUGGGCUGGACCCUUCAGCAUUAUGUUUACUCCCCUGGACCGCUACAGUGACAGAAAUAUGCAGAUCAACCGCCAUCAGUACUGUGCACUCAAGGCCAUGUCAGCAGUGUUGUGUUGUGGACCUGUCGCUGACAAUGUUGGACUGUCCUCUGAUGGUUACCUCUACAAGUGGCUCGACAAUAUCCUGGACUCUCAGGACAAGAAGGUCCACCAGCUAGGCUGUGAGGCCGUGAUGCUGCUGCUGGAGCUGAAUCCAGACCAGAACAACCUCAUGUUCUGGGCUGUGGACCGCUGCUACACCGGUUCACGUCGUGUGGCUGCCGGAUGCUUCAGGGCCAUCGCCAAUGUCUUUCACAACAGGGAUUACCAGUUUGACACUGUGGUGCUGCUGAAUUUGAUUCUGUUCAAGGCAGCGGAUUCUUCCAGGGAUAUCUAUGAGGUGGCCAUGCAGCUCUUACAGAUCCUUGAACCCAAGCUCUUCCGUUAUGCCCACAAACUGGAGAUCCAGCGGACAGAUGGUAUCUUGACUCCUCCCUCACCGUUGCCACACCUCUACUCUGUGUCUUAUUACCAGCUGUCGGAGGAGUUGGCAAGGACUUAUCCAGAGCUUACGUUACCCAUUUUCUCAGAGGUGAGCCAACGUAUCCAGACAGCGCACCCCAGUGGUCGUCAAGUAAUGUUGCACUACCUUUUGCCUUGGAUGAACAAUGUGGAGUUGGUUGACUUCAGACCAUCAGCACGGCGACCAGAGGAUUGUGACAGUUGUGAGGAUGAUCAAGAUGCCCAUGACAGGGAGAUGAUGGUCAACAGCAGACGCUGGCUCCGUGGAGAAGGCUGGGGCUCUCCUCGUGCAACAACUAUGGUGCUCAACAACCUCAUGUUCAUGACUGCAAAGUAUGGGGAUGAGUUUGCUUGGUCAGAGAUAGAAAAUGUGUGGACCACAUUAGCAGAUAGUUGGCCCAAAAACCUUAAAAUCAUUCUGCACUUUCUCAUAAGUAUAUCAGGAGUCAGCAGUGACCCCAGCCUCUUGCCCUAUGUAAAGCGUGUGGUGGUUUACUUGGGCAGAGAUAAGACUAUGCAGCUGCUGGAGGAGUUGAUGAAUGAGCUUGAGUUGACUGAUCCUGUUAGCUCAGCUGUCACUCACAUGGACAACCCCCCUUUUUACCGCAUCACCUCCAGCUGCAAAAUCCCCUCAGUAACCUCAGGAACAGCCUCCAGCAGCAAUACCAUGGUGCCAGGAAGUGAUGGUCAUCAUGACAGCAACAUCAAAGAGUCGAACAUGGAGGACAGUUACACCCAUUUGGAUAUUUACAGUGGUCUGAACAAUAACCUGAACCGCCAGCACCACCGUCUGGAAUCUCGUUACAGCAGCAGUUCUGGAGGCUCCUAUGAGGAAGAGAAGAGUGACUCCAUGCCACUCUAUGCUAACUGGCGUUUGAAAGUAAUGGAUCACAACAAGCCAGAGCCUCUCCCAUUCCCUCCUACUGGGGGUUGCUGGUCUCCUCUUGUGGACUGUCUGCCAGAGACCAAUGCCCCUGCUGUGCCACUCCACAGAUGUAACAUUGCAGUCAUUCUUCUAACGGACCUGAUUGUGGACCAUGGGGUCAAAGUGGAGUGGAGUGCCUACCUGCACCUGUUGCUGCAUGCAGUUUUCAUAGGGUUUGAUCACCAGCACCCAGAGGUGUAUGAACAUUGCAGACGUCUACUGCUUCACUUGCUUGUUGUCCAAGGAGCAAAUGGUAAUGUCCAAUCUGUUGCAAAGGUGCUUCUACGUAACAGGGAUUACAAUGACCCCCGGGUCUUGACUGUGAAACCGGCAGCUCCAGUUUUCAGCCUGACAGGCAUGCAGGACCUGUUGCCUGAAUGUCCGUCACCAGUGACAGAUGCUAGCCUCAGCUCCAGUUCCACUUCCUCUCAUAUUGGUUUAGCAGAACUUCUUGUUGAGGUCGACACUGCUGCUGAGCAGGAUGCAAAGGUUAAAGCACUCAUCGAGUUUAUCACCUCAAGGAAGUGUGGUCCACUUUGGAACCAUGAGGAUGUUUCCCCCAAAAACCCCAACAUCAAGAGCGCUGAGCAAUUGAGUGUUUUCGUAAGGCACGUAGUGUCUGUCUUCAAGCAGUCUGAGUCAGGAUUCCAGCUGGAGUCAUUGCUGAGUGAAGUAGCCCUGGAAACUGCUCUUUCUUGUUGUUCUCGUCAUUACGCUGGGCGCUCAUUCCAGAUUUUUAGAGCACUCAAACAGCCUUUGACUUCUGCAACACUAUCUGACAUUCUGUCUCGGCUGGUCGAGACUGUAGGAGACCCAGGAGAGGAGGCCCAGGGCUUUGUCAUUGAAUUACUCCUGACCCUGGAGUCAGGUAUUGAUACCCUAGCAGACACUGUCAAAAACUAUGACUUCCUCGCCGCCUUAGCACAAACCUCUACCCCUGAUAAUCUGUUGGGUAUUAAGUUUUCUGCAAAUAGGAAGAGCACAGGGCAGCUGAACCUGACCAGUGGAGGUCUGAUCCAUUACGUCCACAGUCAUGCCCGCAGCAACUCCCUACGUGCCAGUCUGAUGAGUGAACGAAAAGCUGACAGACGUCGGAGCAAUACUCUUGAUAUAGCUGACCGACUGGCAGGCAGCCAUGGAAACCUGGCACGCACGCGGAGCUUAUCAUCGCUACGGGAGAGUGGGGGAGGUGUUCCAGGAGGGGACAGCAUCCCCCCUGUAGAUCCAUCAAAUUUGAUGGCUAAUGUAUUCUGGAUUGCAGCCUCAUUGCUGGAGUCAGACUAUGAGUUUGAGUAUCUGCUGGCCCUGCGGCUGCUUAAUAAGCUGCUAGCUCAGCUGCCUCUGGAUCGCGCAGAUAGUCGAGAACGUCUAGAGAGAGUCCAGGCCAAGCUGAAGUGGUACAGCUUCCCUGGACUCCUGCAGCUCUUCCUAAAAGGUUUCACUUCAGUUUCCACUCAGGAACUCACAAUCCACCUGCUUAGCAAGCUCAUCAGUGUCUCCAGAUACACACUGGUCGACCCAUCACAAGUGGCAGGUUUUCCUUUGAAUAUUCUGUGCCUCCUACCACAUCUGAUCCAGCACUUUGACAGUCCUACUCCUUUCUGUAAGGAGAUGGCUGAUAAAAUAGCAAAGGUGUGUGCAGCUGAUAAAUCAGCUACACUCUCCAACCUGGCCCACAUGAUGAGUCUGUACAGCACACACAGCUAUUCCCGCGACUGCACCAACUGGAUCAACGUGGUCUGUCGCUACCUCCACGAUGCCUUUAGUGAGAUAACCCUUAACCUGGUCACUUAUUUGGCUGAGUUGCUGGAGAAAGGCCUUCCAAGCAUGCAACAGUCCUUGUUACAGAUCAUCUACAGCCUGCUUAGUCAUAUCGACCUGUCAGCAGCGCCUGUCAAACAGUUCAACCUUGAGAUCAUGAAGGUCAUCGGUAAAUAUGUUCAGAGCCCACAUUGGAAGGAGGCUCAAAACAUUCUGAAACUGGUGGUGUCUCGCUCAGCAAGCCUUGUGGUUCCAGAUGACGUGCAGCGCUCUUACAGCACAGAAUUAUGUGGCUCUCCGGAAAUUGCUUUUACACGCAUAUUCAGUAACUCUUCAAAGGAGUUACCUGGCAAGACCCUGGACUUUCACUUUGACAUCUCAGAGACACCCAUCAUUGGGCACAAAUAUGGUGAUCAGCGUAAUGCUCCAGGACGGAAUGGCAAGUCACAGGUCAUCGCUGUUACAAGGAGUACCUCAUCCACAUCAUCUGGCUCCAACUCCAAUGGCCUGGUCCCAGUCAGCUGGAAGAGGCCGCAACUCUCUCAGAGACGAACCAGAGAGAAGCUGAUGAAUGUUCUGUCUCUUUGUGGUCCAGAGUCUGGCAUUCCCAAAAAUCCUUCAGUGCAGGUGGUAUUCUCAUCCAAUGAGGAUUUAGACUCUGGGGAGCAGCAAACCAGCCUAAUUCCCACAGUGGAUGAGAUGGUCAGGGAAGAGGAGGUGCAAGGAGAAGAUACUGGCAGUGAGCAACAGUUUGGUGUUUUUAAAGAUUUUGACUUCCUGGAUGUGGAGCUAGAAGAUGCAGAGGAGUUGCAGGGGGAGAGCAUGGACAACUUCAACUGGGGAGUGCGUCGUCGCUCCUUGGAGAGCAUGGACAAAGGGGACACACCGUCAUUGCAGGAGUGCCAGUACACAGGCAGCACGCCAAGCCUCAACCUCACUAACCAGGAGGACACGGAUGAAUCAUCUGAGGAGGAGGUACUGAGCGCUAGCCAGAUUCUCAUCCACUCUGGCCUUCUAAACAGUGACUCUGCUACAGAUGACACUGCAUCCAAUCACUUGGACUCCUUGCAGCAGUCUCAAGAAUCAUCCAGUAGUGUUCUGACUGAAGAGGCUACUGUGCUGCCCUCCCUGCCCUUCCUACCUCGACUGGAAAGCCCCAUUUUGGAGAUGGUCCACUCAGACAGCACCAGCAGCCAGCUGCCUGAGGAUGCUGUAAGUGUGGCAGCAGCAGAUGAGCUCAGCAGCAGUGUGAGUGAGGACACUGGAUUUUGCAGUGUCCCUCUUCUGCCCUCUGAUCCACAAGAGUUAUGUGACCUCCAAGAUGUGCAGGAUUCUGAGGACCCGCAAGAGCUUCAGGACGAUUUAGAUCCUGCUCCCCCUCUGUCUAUAGAUACUCCCCCAGGGUCUCUCUGUGAAGAUGAAUCUCAAACAAUCCUGCCGCUGGCCUUUCACCCAACACAUGACCCAAAACCGGAUCCGGACCCAGACAGUACCUGUGGGUCUGUGUGGGAGGAAGAUGUAACACAAGCAUUGAAGGACUUGGAUGAGCGUUGUGAGGAGGAGGAGGCUGAUUUCUCUGGCAUGUCCAGUCAAGAUGAAGGUGAUGCAGACUGCUUCUCAGAGAUCCAGGCCUCUCCGCCCCCUUCACCCUUCCUCUCUGCCAUUCUGGCAGCUUUCCAGCCCGCUGCCUAUGACAGUGAGGAAGAUGCUUGGCGUUGCCACGUGAACCAGAUGUUGUCGGAUACAGACGGAUCCUCUGCUGUUUACACAUUCCACGUGUUCUCCCGCCUCUUUCAGAAUAUUCAGAGGAAAUUUGACUCCAUUACACAUGCAUCUGUGCAUUUUCUUGGGGAAAAGCUCCAGCGAAUGGGCAAUCAGUUCCUCAGCUCCCUGGAAGUCAUGACAUCCUGUUCCCAGUGCCCCACAGUACUGCUCGAUGCAGAGACGAUGGUGUCGUGUGGACUGUUGGAGACCCUUAAGUUCAGUGUUUUGGAGUUACAGGAGCACCUGGAUACCUACAAUAACAAGAGAGAAGCAGCAGAACUUUGGCUGGAGAACUGCAGAAAAACAUUUGGAGACAAAGACAGCAGCCAACGAACCAACACUCAUGCACAGCAAAUGGAAAAUCUAGCAGAGCUGGAGUUAUGUCGCAGGUUGUACAAGUUGCACUUUCAGCUGCUGUUGCUCUUCCAGGCGUACUGCAGCCUCAUCAGCAGAGUGGACACCAUUAAGAGAGACGCAGAGGUCACCAACAUGUCUGAAGAGCUCACUGUCUUAGAGAGCUGUUUGAAGGAGGCAGAAUCUGGAAGUGAAUGGCAGGAGGACGUGUGUAUGUCAGACUCUGCUCAGACCAACACAGAGACGGCCAUCCAGUCACUAAUCGAAACGCUGAGAGCCCAAGACUUCAGCUCUGCCCUCACACAGGUCAAAGUCUUCAGGUCUCUAUGGCCCAAUGACAUCUUUGGCAAUGAGACAGAUGAUGCAGUCCAGACUCUUCUACACAUCUACUUCCGUCACCAGACACUGGGCCAGACAGGCUGCUUGGCGGUGGUGGGUCCCAGCAGGGACCUGUCCCAGGCGAGCACUCGCCUCAUGGAGCUCAACCUGCAGAUCCGUGAGGCUCUGAGCCAGGCACAAACCUCCAAACCUUACAGCACCGUUGUCAGCACGGGACUGUGAGACCUCCUCAGCUGUGGAGACGGUGAGGAGUAUCGGAGGAAGACGAGAGAGACUCCACCUCUAAAGGGCUAAAGGAUGUGUGGGAAAUAACUGUGACUCCAAGUAGAUAAUUACAUGUAUGAAUGUUUAAAGCUAAUGUCUUUUUCCACACAAAGCCAACUUGCAAAAUUCAGUUGCAAUAAUUCAUGUGGACGUGUGCCUGGAAAGUGAAAGCAGGGAUGCAGUGGGUUUAUAUAUAUUUUUGUUUUUUUGUUUGUUUUAUUUGCUGAUCUGCCUAAAAGGGGCUUUGCAUUUUGACCAGAAGCAUUCAGGACAAGUCCAGAUCUUAUGUGUGAGGACAAAAGACUCAGAAGCAAAUACAAAUAUCCAGUUUAAAAACUUUUUUUCAAAAGCAUGCUUGGAAGAGCAAAGCACUGCAAGACUAUUUUUUUGAGAAAUGUAUUUUUUAUUAGAGCUAACAUGAUCCUAGGUUGUAAAUGUCGGAGUAUUUAACAUGUAUUUGUCGCCCUGUCGGAGCUGUUAGCCUUUAGGGAAUGUAAAAAAAAAAAAAACAGAACUAUAUCUGUUUAUUGAUCUGGUGUGAGAGGAGAUUCCCCUUAAGCAGGUCGUCACG